CAAAGGCCCAACCCAACUUACUGAAAAACCCUAAUCAUAUAAAUUCAUUCGCCACUGUCCCAAUUCACUGCUCGAUACUUCAGUCAGACAUUUUGCAUACAAGCGGUCGCAGCAAGAUCCCAAUCCAGCAAAUAUGAAGAUCAUCGCAGCUUAUUUGCUUGCUGUUUUGGGCGGUAACGCAUCCCCUUCUGCUGCCGAUAUCAAAAACAUCCUUGGUUCAGUUGGAGUUGAGGGUGAGGACUCGAAUAUUGAGUUGCUCUUGAGCGAAGUCAAGGGAAAAGAUUUUGCUGAGCUUAUUGCAAGUGGAAGAGAAAAGUUGGCUUCCGUUCCAUCUGGUGGUGGCGCAGUUGCUGUUUCCGCUGCACCCGGUGGAGGUGCUGGAGCUGCUGCCGCACCUGCUGCUGAAGCAAAGGAGGAAAAGAAGGUUGAAGAAAAGGAAGAGUCCGAUGAUGACAUGGGCUUCAGCUUGUUUGACUAAAAGGGUUGAAACUCGACAUUUUGUUCAUUGUAUUAGGUUUUAUCAGUUUUGCCUUUUCAAUUGAGACAAUGGAAUUACAUCAAAGUGUUUGUUAUAAUUUGAUCUUUUUUGGCAUAUUGGUUUUUAUUUUGUGCAUUAUAAUGUUGUUAGUAUCAAGCUAGAAGGAAUUAUCCUUUAUCCAUUGUUAUUAGUUCUCUUGAUAACUAUGAAAUUUACUUAUUGAAAUGCUCUGGAGGAUUAACAGGUA